UUCUUGUAACUAACCUUUUACUUUAGUUUAAAACCAAUUUGUUGUUAAACCAAAUUUUUUUUUUUCUUUAUUGAGUUUUAUAUAUCAUGUGGGACUAUUGGUUUGAUGAUGGAUGAAUAAAGAAGUCUUGUUUGCUUUAUAUAUGAUAAAUCGAACCAGUUGUAUAUGCUGUCAGAGACUGAUUCAAACUUAUUAAAUGUGUUUUUAAUUGCCAAUUUGUAGAAAAUUUGUCAAUUUGUAACUAAUUAAGAAGUAAAUAGUCUGGCUCAGUGUUAAAGGGAUAGGUCUCAAAGUCUCCGGAUUCAAAAAGUCUUCAUAUUUUUACCAUCUAUAAAUAGCAAGUGCUUAUCUGUGUAGUAACUCAUUAGUUUUUCUCCUCUUGAAAGAAAGAAUAAACAGAAGAACAGAAGAACUCUAUAGGAUCUCAAUUUUUUUUGUUAACCUUAGGUGCAUCUAAGCUAGAGAGUUAGAAAGAAGUUCUCGAAAUCUUAAGUUUACUUAAAUCAUAUUCGAUUAAAUUCGAGUCUGAUUGACCAGUAAGACCACGGAGAAGGAAGAAGAAGAAGAAAAAAAAUGGGACGAGGCUUCAGAAAAAGAUUAGGAGGAAAAGCGAUAGCUUCAGAAGAUACAGAUACUUUCAGCAUUUUUGGCCCCUUCCAUCUUACAUCUAUUGACUGGACCAAUCCGUACCAUCGAACUUCAGUGGCAUCAAGUUUGGUAAAUGGAGUGUACACAUUGGAAGCGGACAGGCUUGAGGAACGGGUAGGUUCUGAAGCUCUAGCCAAGCCCUGGUGGGAAUUUUUCCACUUCACUUUACUCGAAACCUUGAACGACGAUGACAGCUCCAUAUAUGGUGCCAUUUUCGAAUACGAGCUAUACAACCUUUACGAAAAUACCCCUCAUGUGAAAGUUCCACGCUAUGUGAUUGCCUUCCGCGGCACGGUUUUAAAGGGAAAAACUUGGAAGUUUGAUUUGAAACUUGACCUCAAAUGCAUCUUCAACACCCUCCAUCAAGGUAAUAGGUCUAUGUACGCCCUGAACGCAGUCCGCCGUAUGGUGGAUAAACACAACCAUUCAGCUAUCUGGCUUGCUGGACACUCUUUGGGAGCCGCCCUAGUGUUGUUGGCUGGAAAGACCAUGACUAGGGUUGGAUUCUUCCUCGAAAGUUACAUAUUUAACCCACCCAUCUCUUCUAUUCCUCUAGAGCAGCUACCCGGGGGCGAUAUAAUUAAAGGUGUGUUUCAAAUCGCCAAAAGUGUCGUCAAAGCCACCGUAGCCAUGGCCUUAACCGAUCUACAGGUUCCAAUAGACGAUCCAAAGACAGCAUCAUGGAUACCUUAUUUAUACGUGAAUCCAGCAGAUCCAAUUUGUGCAGGAUACAUCGAUUACUUCAGACACAAAACCUUCAUGUCUGAGAUCGGAGCAAGCAACAUCGAGAGAACCGGUGCUAGAAAGUCAGUUAGGAGUCUAUUGGUGGGAAGAAGAGGAAAAACAUUAUCGUCCGAUUUGUCAUCGGAACCUCUUCACCUUCUUCCAUCAGCGGAUAUGACUGUAAACAAGAACAAACCGACUAAGUCUACGACAGCUCAUGGACUUCACCAAUGGUGGGAGCGAGACUCGACACUGAGGGAAAAUUGGGAAAGCUGCUGCAUUAGACCUUACCCUGAAGACAAAUUGGAGCAAUUGACCCUCCAAUAAACAAUAAUACAAAGGAGGGUCAUAUAUAUAAAAUAGUUAUUUGGUUUGGUUAAAUUGCUUUAUAAUUUAUAUCUUAGUCAUGUGAUAUUUUAGUUCCAAACCCUCUGUCUACCCUUUUCCAUUUCUUUUACUUUUUUGUUGUCUUCUAUUUCAUGUCUGCCUCUCUUUCCCAUGUUUUAGUUCCUUAUUUUUCCAUGUAAUUGUUGAUAAUUAUUUGAACUAUGCCGAUGAUGCGAACUACAUCUUAUCUUUACAAGUA